UCAUCAAGUGACCAGUAUCCCUUCCAGGAGAACACGGUCCUUCAGAGGGAAGCGAGCUCCAACCCGCAGCCCCGGCGCCAAGCCGCCGUCAUCUCCUUCCUGUGCCGGGUGAUCGUCUCCUCACCCACCCGGAAAAACAUAGUCCGCCCCCACGUCCUUGUGGAACAGCGGCCGCUUCCAAGCACUGUGACUCUCUUUGCCCUACCGUUGUCUUUCCUAUUCCAGCUACUCUAGAAUCCACCGAGAGGAUAAUUCAGCCCUGAAAAGAAACUGAUCGGGAGAAGCGAGGAAGGGAACCCAGGAGGGAGGGGAAGACAGGGCUGGCGGAGGAACACCGAAGCAGAGGACGUAGUGCGCAAGCGCAGCACAGAACGAGUUCCGGUCUGGCCGGGGCCUGUCUCCUAAAAAUAGCCCCGGUGUGGGGAUCCGUGCGCGGAUAUCCCGGCGAGUCCCGGGCUGAAAGAGGCGGCUCCGGGUGGCGCGGAGCGCUGGUGGCGGGCCCGGGCUGCGGCGUGUGCGCGCCCGCCAGCUAAUCCGGAGACACGGAAUUGCAUUUUGCGAAAAGGAACAAGAAUUUUCUGCAAGGAUCAUAUCUAAGUGCACUUUUUGCUGAUACUUCAUUUCUAAUCUUGUAGAAAAUUUCAGCUGUACCCCUUGGACUAGAAGCUGAAAUAAUAGAAGCUGUGUACGAUGCAUUAGGGUAUUGAAGAAAAUUAGCUUUUGAAUUAAAUAUUUGGAAUAUAAGGAAAUAAGGAAAGGUGACUGAAAAUGGGGCGGAAGAAAAUACAAAUCACACGCAUAAUGGAUGAAAGGAACCGACAGGUCACUUUUACAAAGAGAAAGUUUGGAUUAAUGAAGAAAGCCUAUGAACUUAGUGUGCUCUGUGACUGUGAAAUAGCACUCAUCAUUUUCAACAGCUCUAACAAACUGUUUCAAUAUGCUAGCACUGAUAUGGACAAAGUUCUUCUCAAGUAUACAGAAUAUAAUGAACCUCAUGAAAGCAGAACCAACUCGGAUAUUGUUGAGACUUUAAGAAAGAAAGGCCUUAAUGGUUGUGAGAGCCCUGAUGCUGACGAUUACGCUCUGAACAAGAAGGAACACAGAGGGUGCGACAGCCCAGACCCUGAUACUUCAUAUGUGCUAACUCCACAUACAGAAGAAAAAUAUAAAAAAAUUAAUGAGGAAUUUGAUAAUAUGAUGCGGAAUCAUAAAAUCGCAGUGAGUACUAAACCUGGUUUGCCACCUCAGAACUUUUCAAUGUCUGUCACAGUUCCAGUGACCAGCCCCAAUGCUUUGUCCUACACUAACCCAGGGAGUUCAUUGGUGUCCCCAUCUUUGGCAGCCAGCUCAACGUUAACAGAUUCAAGCAUGCUGUCUCCACCUCAAACCACAUUACAUAGAAAUGUGUCUCCUGGAGCUCCUCAGAGACCACCGAGUACUGGCAAUGCAGGUGGGAUGUUGAGCACUACAGACCUCUCAGUGCCAAAUGGAGCUGGAAGCAGCCCAGUGGGGAAUGGAUUUGUAAACUCAAGAGCUUCUCCAAAUUUGAUUGGAACUACUGGUGCAAAUAGUUUAGGCAAAGUCAUGCCUACAAAGUCUCCCCCUCCACCAGGUGGUGGUAAUCUUGGAAUGAACAGUAGAAAACCAGAUCUUCGAGUUGUCAUCCCCCCAUCAAGCAAGGGCAUGAUGCCUCCACUAAAUACCCAAAGGAUAAGUAGUUCUCAAGCCACUCAACCUCUUGCUACCCCAGUCGUGUCUGUGACAACCCCAAGCUUGCCUCCACAGGGACUUGUGUACUCAGCAAUGCCGACUGCCUACAACACUGAUUAUUCACUGACCAGCGCUGACCUGUCAGCUCUGCAAGGCUUCAACUCACCAGGAAUGUUGUCGCUGGGACAGGUGUCGGCCUGGCAGCAGCACCACCUAGGACAAGCAGCCCUCAGCUCUCUUGUUGCUGGAGGGCAGUUAUCUCAGGGUUCCAAUUUAUCCAUUAAUACCAACCAAAACAUCAACAUUAAGUCCGAACCAAUUUCACCUCCUCGGGAUCGUAUGACCCCAUCGGGCUUCCAGCAGCAGCAGCAGCAGCAGCAGCAGCAGCCGCCGCCACAGCCACCGCCACAGCCACAACCCCCGCAGCCCCAGCCCCGACAGGAAAUGGGGCGCUCCCCUGUGGACAGUCUGAGCAGCUCUAGUAGCUCCUAUGAUGGCAGUGAUCGGGAGGAUCCACGGGGCGACUUCCAUUCUCCAAUUGUGCUUGGCCGACCCCCAAACACUGAGGACAGAGAAAGCCCUUCUGUAAAGCGAAUGAGGAUGGACGCGUGGGUGACCUAAGGCUUCCAGGCUGAUGUUUGUACUUUUGUGUUACUGCAGUGAACUGCCCUACAUAUCUAAAUCGGUAAAUAAGGACAUGAGUUAAAUAUAUUUAUAUGUACAUACAUAUAUAUAUCCCUUUACAUAUAUAUGUAUGUGGGUGUGAGUGUGUGUGUAUGUGUGGGUGUGUGUUACAUACACAGAAUCAGGCACUUACCUGCAAACUCCUUGUAGGUCUGCAGAUGUGUGUCCCAUGGCAGACAAAGCACCCUGUAGGCACAGACCAGUCUGGCACUUCCUUGGACUACUUGUUUCAUAAAGAUAACCAGUUUUUGCAGAGAAACGUGUACCCAUAUAUAAUUCUCCCACACUAGCUUGCAGAAACCUAGAGGGCCCCCUACUUGUUUUAUUUAACUGUGCGGUGACUGUAGUUACUUCAGAGAAAAUGCUUUGUAGAACAGAGCAGUAGAAAAGCAGGAACCAAGAAAGCAAUACUGUACAUAAAAUGUCAUUUAUAUUAUCCAACCUGGCAUGGGUGUCUGUUGCAAAGGGGUGCAUGGGAAAGGGCUGUUGAUAUUAAAAAACAAACAAAACAAAAAAGCCCCACACAUAACUGUUUUGCACGUGCAAAAAUGUAUUGGGUCAAGAAGUGAUCUUUAGCUAAUAAAGAAAGAGAAUAGAAAACACGCAUGAGAUAUUCAGAAAAUGCUAGCCUAGAAAUAUAGAGCAUUAACAAAGUAAAAUUAAUAUAUUAAGUUAUAAUUGGAAUAUGUCAGAAGUUUCUUUUUACAUUCAUAUCUUAAAAAUUAAAGAAACGGAUUUUAGCUCAUGUAUAUUUUAUAUGAAAGAAAACACCCUUAUGAAUUGAUGACUAUAUAUAAAAUUAUAUUCACUACUUUUGAACACAUUCUGCUAUGAAUUAUUUAUAUAAGCCAAAGCUAUAUGUUGUAACUUUUUUUUAGAGAAUAGCUUUAUCUUGGUUUAACUUUUUAGUUUUAUUUUAAGAGGGGAAAACAAAAAUAUCUUGCAAGCAGAACCUUGGAAAAAAAAAGCCAUGAACACUUAUUCUAUAUGUAAAUUAAAAGUUGAGCCAAACUCUUUGUGUAUAUAGCAUCUUAAAUAUAUUAUCACCUUUGAUGUAAGUACCUAUGUAUUGUAUGGUCACCAGAUUAAAAAGUAUAUUUUUGUGGAUUGCCGCCAAUUUGGGGGGAAAAGGCGAGGUCCUUUAUUAAGUAUUCACUGUUUAAUAUUUACUAUUUUGUUAAAUAUACUGUACUUUGGAUUUUAAUUAUUAGCCCAGUUUUUUCAGAGGAUUGUAUAAAGGGGUUUCUCCCCUCACUGGUGGUGAAUGUGUGAUGUUACAUUGUAAUCUUUGUGCUGUAUGGGUUGAGCAUCAUUAUAUAUUUUAUAUGUGUACAUAAAUAGCAAAGUGGCAAAAAAAAAAUUGGUGUUAAGUUCAUCCUGCAUAAGUAUAAAAUGUGUUGUAACAAAUUUUAUAAGGCAUUAUUUAAAACUUGCCUUUUGUGAGGAAAAAAAUGUAGUAGAAAAAGCUGACCUAAUUUAAUUAAUAUUAGAGAAAAUGGCAAAAUAGUAGAUGAGCACAAAGGUUUUAUAAGUGGUAAAUGAUUAGGGGAAAUACUCGUGGGGAAAGGGAUCUUUUUUCCUUGACCGUCUGAAAACAGAAUAAUGCAGCUGGUUACAAAAGCCUACCAUUAUCAGCUCUUCUGCACAUCGCAGAGAGAAAGCUUUGGUAUGCGGGGAGAAACGCUCUUAAGGUGCCGGUCCUUGGCAUGACUCUUGCCAUUCUAAUUGGAAUUAGUGCCACCCUCAGCUUGGAUUUUGAACAAGGCCUUAUUCUUUCAGGAAGACAACUAAUGGAUGAUAGCAAGUUCAUCCACUUACUGGGCUUGUGCCAUGAGCAAAAUUCAAAGUCCUGUAUAUCUUUCAUUGUAGAUUUUUAAAUACUCCUUUUCCUGAAAAACUCAAGGGUUUAAAUAUUGCUAUUUUAUAUUUUAAACAAUAUUGAGCAGCUACCUACAAUUUCUACAUACAUUUUGUUCCCCUCACCCACCACCCCCAAAUUAUGUUCCUUUUGACAUUUUCCUCAUUUGCUGUUUGUGACAAGUCAGCCAGAUUUCCUGACUGACACAUAGGUGUGAUCAGUGCAGGAGAAACCUGCGCACCACAGGCUGCAAACUGGAGGUUCUGUUCUCAUGGCAGUUUGGGCAGUAACUUUUGAGAGAGGCCAAAAAAAGGAGGAUGACAUGCUGUCUCCUCUCUUCAGUAUAGACAUUUGGCUCUUAUUCAGAAAGGAUUUUUCUUUAAAAAUGUACUUAUUUUACUGAACUACUUACAGGCACAUUUCUUCAUAAGACCACACCUAAUCCAAACAAGACAGUCUCCCAACACUGAAGUUCCAAGAUAAUCCUUACCACUUUGUAAACCAUUUAUAGCUUUGAAAGUGUUAAGUGAUUCCUUCAUUAUUAUUUAUGCAUGUUCAUGAACUUCUGCUGUACAUUGGAAUAGGAGUUAACACAUUCACAUUUACUGUCUAUUUUCUUGUGUGCCUUAUGAGAUGGCUUUUCUGACUGUAUCUCAAUAGUCUUUCUUUCUAUGCAGGUUUAUAAUCAGUACAACUACUGUUUUCUAAAAUAAUAUUACUCAAGGCUCGGAGUUUGUAUUUAAAUUUCACUGACCAAGUAACAAUGUAUUCCAUUUCAGGAACUGAAUAUUUGACUGUUAACCUUUUUCCCAUACGCCCAGUGUGGCAUGGAGCAUAUGGACCUGACAGACAUCUCUCACCCAGACGCUCAUGUGUGAACACACCCACAUCCACAUCUCUGGGUGGAAACCAGCCUAGAGUGGGGACGACGCUAAUGGUGUUGCUUUAGAACCGUCUUUUCUUACCCUUUUAGACUCGUGUUUUGUAUGAGACACCAUUGCAGGAAAAUUUUAUCCCUCCAGAAGUAUUUUAUUACUAAAAAACAAAAGCAAAAAAAGCUUAGAGUAAAUUGCACUGGUUAAACUACAGUUUCCAACAGCUGUACUUCCUCAGUACUCUAAUCGCCACUCCACUGCGAGUGAAAAGUCACCACUGUGUGUACACGGGUGGUCCCAAUCAAAACUCCAUCUUUUGAGCCCAAUUAUGUCCAUUGUGUUAUAGACUAAAUCAGGGGUUUGUUCUAAAAGAACAAUACAUGUUUUACCAUUUCCUUUAACUAGAAGGACAACUAGUAAUGCAUUAACAUAACUUCUCUAUUAACCAUCAUGCGCACAAGAAAUACAUAGUAAAUAAGGAACCUGAAAACUCCUGGCAUUGGAUCUUAAGAAGCUAGAUGAUUAGAAUGUGAAAAAGAUUUUACAAAUGUAAAACUUCUAUUUCUCUGUAGAAACUUUCUUCACUUUGCUGUGCAAGAAGACACUGCUUUGCUAUAUUUAAAAUGGCUUUUUUAAAAGAGAUUUAUGUAUUUGGUAAAUGUUUGUAGUCAACAGUUCACACAAGAAGCUGUACACGGUUUGAUCAUGUAAAACCGUUUGGCGGCACAAGCUGGACUUUGUUGCCAUCCUUGAGAUGAACCUUUUAAGAAAAAUAAGUUAAUCUCAAUUUUUCCCUGAAUGUGUUGUUUUUCUUCAUUAUACAAUAAAUAUAAUAGUGAACUUUUUAUCAAAUGGUGAAGACAAUGCUAAA